GGAGACUUUUUUGACAAGAACAGUCGUCGCACAUUCACAAUCGUAGUGCGACGCCAAAGGGGAGAAUUAACCUAAACUAAAAUUGAACACCGAUUACUACUGACGUCAUCUCGACGCUGCUCCUAACCCGGAAAUAAAACACCGUCGUGUUUUGUAUGUGGCCUUUUUUUUUUGCCGGCUAUUUUAAAGUCAUCUUAGUCUCCUCAAUUUCGACACACAAUGGAGGACAUGUACGUCAAACCAGGUAACCAGGAACGAGGAUGGAACGACCCCCCUCAGUUCUCCUACGGCCUCCAGACGGCCCGCACGCCACAGAGGACCCUCUUGAACAAGAGGCCCACGCUGCCCGAUGCCGCGGCCCCGCCCACGACUCCUCAUCCCAGCCCCUCAGGUCCGCCGCCAAGUGGCUUGGCCCCCCCGCCCGCAGGUCGGGCGCCCGGCUGGAAGGCCACGCCUCCCGCGGCUGCCGCGGGGCCGGUGAGCGGUCGGGGCAACGAGGACCGCGGCCGAUCGGAGGCCGAGCCUGACGUGGAGCGCGUGCUUGAGGUUCUGCUGCGAGCGCUGGCCGAGUGCCGGAGCGACGUGGAGCCUCAGGUGUGUAACGACAUGGAAAAGAGACUCCGCCUCUUUAAGGACAGCUGGACGUCAGGUCGAUUGAGUCUUCCUGUGAGAAGACGCAUGAGCGCCUUGUCGCGAGAGCUGCAGGCGGAACGCUGGGACCGGGCCGACGAGAUCCAUCGCUCACUGAUGGUGGAUCACGUGACCGAGGUCAGCCAAUGGAUGGUCGGCGUGAAGCGGCUGAUCGCCGAGACCCGAAAGCUGCGCCCCCAAGCGCUAGCGGCGGCGCUCGAGUCGGACCACAGCGACGACUGUCAGUCGUGACCCUUUCGAAGCAGACUGGCCUGGGCGACGGUAGCGGGAGGCCAAGAGGAAGGAGGAGGGAGAAUGCCGUUGCCACAGCGACCCUCCGGCAGCCCACCAAUCGCAGCGCUUCGCCGCCGACAAAGUGGGACCUUCUUUCUGGUUGUUUGACUUGACGAGAAUAAAGAAAUGGAUAUCGUGA